GGGCAGACCAGAUGUAAACACUGGUCGGGGCGCUGCGUGCAGACCUCCUCGCGCCCCUCCUUCCUUUUUUUUUCUUUUUUUUCCUUUUCGCCGAGAGCCACGUGCCCCAUCGUCGUGUAUUCCGUGCCGUGGUCGUGCCGGCGUGUACAUAGGUCGUGCUAGUCGUGUGGAGAUGGUGCCGGGGGAGGGGGAGUGCACCUGUUGCUGAGGGUCGUGUCCCCGCCUGACGAAGGGAAGAUGGAGCCGCAGGAGGACGAGAACAUCUCCCUCCUGCUCACCAUGGGCUUCCCUGACGUGCGGGCCAUCAAGAGGGCCCUCAAGCUGAGCAAUGGCGACGUGAACGAGGCGGUGACCUUCCUGACGGAGCAGCCCCUCACCUCCUACAGCACCGUGGAUGACCUCAGGGAUGUCGAGAUGGAUGACCCCGCCCUGCGCCCGCCCUCCUAUGACCAGGCUGGAGGAGAGGAUGGGAGCAAUAUGGAGUUCCCCACCACCAAUCUCUAUGAGCUGGAGGGCCGAGUAUUCACAGACACUUGGUCCAUUCCUUACAAGCGGGAUGAAUCUCUUGGCAAAUGUCUGAUAUCAGCAGCCAAGCUAGCAGAGGAAGGUCUGUGUGACGCUGAUGAGUCCUGCCAGCGGUUCAUGGAGCGCUGCCUGCCAGAAUGUUUCCAUAAGUUACUGAACAACGGUGCGGUGAGGCGCUGGGGCCUAGAGAUUCAAGAGGGAGUGUUUAACAUGCUUGACUUGCUCACCAACCUUGUCAUUGUUCGCCUCAAGCAUGGGCCAGUGCCGGAGACUCUGCUCAAAAAUGUCUAUGCUGUGGCCAUGGACUCUGAAUGUGAGUGGAAUCAGAAGAACAAACACCGGCCGCCGGAGUUCACUGGAGACAUCACCUAUGCAAAAUCUACCUCACAAUUUGAAUUGUAUGGUUGGCUGAUGGACCUCAUAAAUCUGUUUGGGAGUCAGGGCGGCCUAGAUCUCGUGGUGGGCCGCUUUACCAGUGGGGAGGAGCUGGAUGCUGGACAAAUGGCAGCCCUACUUUUCCCCUUGGGCCAGUGUGCCAAGUUCCUGGUGAAGGAGGUGGUGUGUCCCAUCCUCAUGCCAGGCAUCGACAAGGCCCUCCUCUACGUUGCUAACCUGGAGGAAAAGCAGCUCAAGGGACAGAAGAUCAGCUCGUGCUAUGACCUCCUGGAGGCUGUGCGGCUGCUGUGUGUGUCCCUGUGGCCCGAGAAGGUUCAGCGCACAAGUGACCUCAGGCUUGAUAUCAUCAUUCGUAUGCUCAAAACUCCACACUUCUCAGCCCGAAUGAAUGCCUUGAAGGAACUUGCAAGACUUAUUGAAGACAGUGAAAGAGGCCGAAGUAAUGUCAUUGACACGGACAUUAUUCAGGAGUGGAUGACAAGCAAGCGAGUUCUGUCUCUUGCUCUUGAAGGUAACAUAGACCAGGUGCAGUACACAGACCGCAUGAAGGAGCUGGUGGAGUUCAUGGGCCCCAAGCUGCAGCAGGAGGAGUUAACACGCAUCUGGCAUAUGGCAGACAAGGCCAGUCCUCACGUGAUUGACAACAUCCACCGCAUCAUGGCAGCAGCAGCAACGCGCUUCAACCCGCAACAGUUUGACCAUCUGUUAAGCCUCGUUAGAAAGAGUUGGGACAAUGGUAAUGAUCGUCUUCGGGAGAAACUUCUCUCGUUCAUUGGGAAGAUUGGCCAGGACUCGAGACUGGGCCAGACGGCUGUCAAGAUGUUGGACGCUCUGUGGGAGUUGGCGCGGGUGCCGGCCCUGCCUCCCAAGCUGGUGCAUCAGGCCAUGAAUGAACACCUCACCAUACUCAACGAAUCCGCUACCAGGGACCAGCUUCGUAAGACUUAUAUUGUCCGAUGCGUCGAAGAUAUCAAGAGGAGCCCAGCAGUUUAUCUCCCACUUAAGCAGCUACACUACUUGGCUCAAUCCAUUACCAAAGGAGGAGCAUCAUAUUUCAAGACAGAGAAGGCAACCCUUUCUGAGCUGAAUCGAAGCCAUGAGAUCGUCAAGCUGAUUACUACAAGCCUGGCCAAGUGUCAUGCCUUGGCCGUGUCCACCUGCGGCAAUAACCAGCCGCCACCGGACACCCUCAUUGAUGGCAAAUAUACUCAUGACCAUUAUUUGAAAGUCCAUCUAGAGUUUCUUCAGUUCCUGCUGAAAGAAGGGGACAUCUAUCUGGCAUGGCCGCGGUGUAAAGACAUUUGGGAUUCGCUGGUCGCUAAUCCUAAGGCAUCAGGUUAUGAUAAAGAGGUGUGUUUCACUUGGUUCAGUGGGUGUCUGGGGGACCUUGAGAGCAGCACACAGCGUGACCUCUUUUGUGACAAGCUGCUGCGGCUGGACCCCGUCACCCUCACACGGCCGGCCUUUACCUGUGUGGUCAACUACUUCCACGCCGUCAACCUCAAUGACCAUAAGCUGAUCCGCAGUGGUAAUGUGAUUGUGGUGGACAAGCUGGAGCCGCUUGGGUUGGAAUUCUUCUGGCAGUUAGUGCUGGAGUGUCAAGAUGAACAUCUGGCAGAGGAUGCCAUGAAACUCCUGUUGGACAUGAGCUACUUGAGCCUGUCGGUGAGACUCAAGCGUGACCCAGCACAGCUGCAUGCAAGGUUCAUCACGGAGUGCUACAGGAAGCUGGAGAAAUUGAUGCUCCAUGUAAAUGAAACUGCAUUGGGUGCCGCUGUGUCUAAUGCCACAAAGACUUUGACUGCAAUGGCUGUCUCGGACUUGGGAGGACUUUCUCCUGCAUCAAGGAACAGCUGCAUCCAGCACAUCCGACGAGUUCUGGUGCUGGCGGAGCGCUACAUCUGCUGCAUCGAGGAGCAGCAUCCCAGCCCCCGUUCCCUGCCCCCUCAUGGCUCCUCCUUCACAGGCACACCUGUCAUGCUUUAUGUCACCUGUGACUCCAUUAGAAUGGAUGUAAACUUGGAGUGCCACAGCAACGAGCGUCUGGGUGUGGUGCGCGGCAAGAUAGCCAGCUGUGCACGAGUCCCUGUCGAGCAGGUCCAGAAUCUGUCGUUUGGGGAGGGAAGCAACAGCUUCCUGGUGAAUGGUGCAGAGCAGGACAACCGUCUCCUCCACAGCAUAGGCGUCCUCACCAACACAAGUGUCUCUGCCAAGAUCAGCACAAGUGGGGCUCAGCUCAAGGAGGUUGGUGAUAAUUGUUGGGACGAGCUGCCAGGUACUGUGAGCUACUGUGAUAGUGCAGAGGCCGGGCCAUUUGAUGGUGCUGGAAGCUCUGGGGCUGCUUGUGGUGGAAGUGCUGGUCCCCUGAGGCUGGGGGUGGGGUCCUCCUCAGCAGCUGUGGGGGAUGGUCAAGGCUACAAUCUGGAUCAAGAGAAGCAGCUUCCAGGGGUGGUGAUGGCCAGCCAAGGACAAAACUUUUUCUCCUUGCUAUAUCAACUUGCUCAGUUAGAUGAUUCAAGAAUCGUUGAAGCAGUUCGAAGAGUUUUGUACCUGGUGCCAACUGAUCCCAGCGUGGCAGACAAAUUUGAUUCCAUAAGCAGCGCUGGAGUGUCUACAUCGGAUGCCAGCCCAAGGACAACUCCAUAUGGCUCACCAGCCAAGAGAGACAAAAUUCGGGACCGGGAAAAAGACAGAGAGGCAGGGAAAGAAACCUUGCGCUCCUUGCUGGAUCCAUCCACCAGUGAUGUGACCCCAUUCAGGCUGCUGUACAACGUUGAGGUUCUCUCUGGAAAAAUCAUGCCAAUAUCUUUGGAAGGGACCAUGAAUGACAGUGCUCGCUUCUGUGAAGAGUUCCUCAUGUGUGGCGGCCUGAGCCUCAUCACAACACUGCUCCAGAAGGAUUCUCUCCCUCAGGAGGUGGAUUAUGAGAUUCGUCAAAAUAUCUAUCUCAUAGUCCUGCAAAUACUGAAAUUCCUCCUCUGUGGCUCCAUCCCCAAGGGCCAGGAGCUUCCCAUCACUGGGCUCCAGCCACUCCCUGGUCCAGCCAAGCGCUCAGCACUGGACUCCUCCCAGAACACCCCGCCACCCCAUGUGCAUGCCUCCCUCACACCCAUCAUUGCCAACAGAGUGGUGCUAGGUUUUACUGAGGAGGAGUGGAGUGAGAUGGUGUCAUGCCUGAUGCGGGUGUCCUGGGCUGGGGCUGCAGGGAGGCUCUAUCUCCCUUCGGCAACUCUCAGCAUGCAAGACCCGGCCCUUUCCCCUCCUGAAAAUAGCAAGUCAUCCCGACAAAGCAGUACAGGCAGUGUUCACAGUUCCAGCAGUGAGAGUGAGGCCGUGCUGCAAGGAGGUGUGUGUGUGCAGCAGGCAACCAUUUCACCCACAGACUCCCUGAUUGCCUCCCAAGCACUGCAGCUCCUGAUAGCCUUCCUCAAGUUCCGUCCACAGCUGAUAGAUCGGUGGUAUGGUAUGAUGAGUGUGAAGGACUUCAUCAUUGAGAUCUUGGUAGGGUGCAGCAGUCAGGAGGUGAGGGAGGUGGCUUAUCAGCAGUUCACAAACCUCAUCAACAUGACAACCCUGGCAGAACUCAACCCAAAGAAGUUUCUUACUCAGGUGCUUCUCAAGGCACGCCUCCCCUUGUGGGUUCCUUCCACCAGUGCCAGAGGUGCUACCCUGAAGCUGCUGUCCCAGUGCACCCAAUACUUCAGCCUCAGAUCAAAGCUGUUGUCGGACUUGAGCAGCAAGGACCAGGAGGCGAUGGGGAUCGGUACAAGUCAAAUGCUUGAGGAUGAAAUUGGGUGGUUGACCAACUUUACUGCCACUCGAGAGGUCAUGAGGGAGAGGCCUGAGUCGGGAGUCUCAGCUCUGCGCCACGCUGACAACAUUCUCCUGGCUGGACAUCUGACACUUAUUUCAGCUUUGAUGUCCUGUGAAGGAAUAAAUAAGGAAGAAACUGGUACAACUUUAAUUCCACUACUGAUCUUUGAGUACCUGUUCCCUGCAUCCAAACUGGUGCUUGAGGGUGGGCUGGGGAUGGACUCCCUGAGUGCCAGCAAAAACUAUUGGGCCAAGUGCACGGGGAAGGAGUCAAGGCAUGCUGCUUACCACCUCCUUGUCCAGCUUGUUGUGUCCUCACAGCAGAACUUGACAGUUCUUGUUGGACACUUAGUUUCCCUCCAUCACACCCUCAACCCUGACAUCCUGAAGGAGUUUCAGUAUUCCCCUGCUGUUGAUGGCCGAGGUUCUAGUGGGUUUGUGGGCCUGAAGAAUGGCGGGGCCACCUGCUACAUGAACUCAGUCCUUCAGCACCUGUACCUCGUGCCGGGGGUGGCUGAGGACAUUCUGGCAGUGUGCAGUGACAAGGAGAAUGAGGACAGUUUGUUCUACCAGCUGCAGACAGUGUUUGCCCACCUCAUGGAAUCACAGCUGCAGUACUAUGUGCCAGACAAGUUUUGGAAGUGCUUCAGGAUGGAUGGACAACCAGUCAAUGUUAGGGAACAACAAGAUGCAUUUGAGUUCUAUACCAGAUUAACAGAACAAGUGGAUGAUUAUCUAAAGACACAGUGCAGAGAGAGAGUGUUUGCUCAGCGCUUUGAAGGCAUCUAUUCCAUCCAGAGGAUAUGCCAAGACUGCCCACACAGGUACGAGAGAGAAGAGCCAUUUCUUGCCCUUAACCUGACUGUUACCAAAUGCCAUGACCUUCAGGACUCACUGGACCAGUUUGUCAAGGGGGAGUUGUUGGAGGGGGACAAUGCCUACUACUGUGAGAAGUGUAAUCUAAAGAGAACUGCAGUUAUAAGAACAUGCAUUAAAACACUUCCUCCAGUCCUAGUAAUACAGCUGAAGAGGUUUGGAUAUGACUGGGAAGCUUCAAGAGCUCUCAAGUUUGAUGACUAUUUUAAAUUUCCCUGGGUGCUGGACAUGGGGAACUACACAGCUGAAGGCCUGGCGGAACAGGAGGAAGAGUCAAGUAGUGGCAGUGGGAGCAGAGGCACCACCCCAUCCCCAGACCUCAAGGACUCAGACUCCUCCAUGAACCUGUCAGUCACCUCCACUUCUUCCUCAACACACUCGCCCAUCAAGACCAGGAAGUCUGGCAUCACUUCCACCCACACACCAAGAAUUAAUACCAGGCUAAGGCACAAAGGAGCCAUCUACGAACUUGUUGGUGUCAUUGUGCACAGCGGUCAAGCCAGUGCAGGACACUACUACUCCUACAUCAAAGACCGCAGGGGAGAUUCCUUAACAAAUCCAAACAAAGGCCGCUGGUUCAAAUUCAAUGACACCACGGUGGAGGAGGUGGACAUGUGCGAUGCUCUCCUUGAGCAAGAGUGUUUUGGGGGAACUUACAAAGCCAAGGUCUCGUAUGACUCCUCCAACCCUCUCCCAGAGGACCGUCUCCGGUACUGGAAUGCCUACAUGCUUGUGUAUGACAGCCUGGAUGACAGAUUGUCUACCCCAAAGACACCUAAAACCCCUCGGGUGGGUGUGACCUCACGCUCCUUCAGGGCAUCCACCAGCAGUGCCAAGAAGAGCUUCUCAAUCAGUGCAACUACAAGUGAGAAAAGAGCUCGCUCCAGCCUGUGUGAGCUAAGUCAGCUCCUGCAGCAAGGGGAAAAGCAAGGGAUGUUCCGAGAGUAUAUGCCUCCACGGAUCAUGUCCUCCAUCACUUACGAAAACCUCACCUUCCUCAAGAACCGUGACGUCUUCUCUCAAGAUUACUACAACUUCAUUCAGCAAAUAUGCUCUGCCAAUUCAGGGAAUGGCCAGUAUGACGUUCCAGCUCCCAUUGCCAUCCAAGUUGUAUAUUUGGGUAUGAAUUUCCUGCUGAACACCUACCUCCGCAUCAAGGACAAGGAGGAAGCGAUGGUGACCCUGUGGGUGCAGCUCCUCAACUCGUGGGUGCAGCACUCCAAGGAGGCAUGCAGCUGGUGUGUCAAGUAUUUCUCCAGUGAGGACGGCGCAGCACACAUCCAGCCACUGCUGCUGGAGGCACCCGACAAAAUGACUCGAGGACACUUCAGCAACUUGUUGGACUCCAUAUUCAAGGCUGAGUUUGAGCACUGCAAAAAUGUUGAGUCACUGCAAGUUGUGAUGAAACAUCUAUUAUCUCUCCUUGCCUCUGAGGUGUCUUCAGCCAUCAAGACGUCAUUCCAGUACUUUUCCCUUCUGUACAAUUACUGCCAGCAGGGUGUAAGUCACUGUCAGCAGUUCCUUUCCCUUGGUGGAUUUUCAAGUCUCAUUAACUUUCUGCUUGGUCCAUCUGACCUUGAGAAGAGGCGCUGGGCCCCCAUGCAGGCUCAAGAGUUUGGUCCUGUGCAUUCCAUCAUUGGGACCAUAAUUACUGCCUGUGACAUGACUCCUCACCGGACAACAGAGUCAUCUGGCAGCCAGAAGAGUGAAGGUGAGGCCAAAUUGACGAUGCCAGUAGAGGUGGCCCAGGUGGUGUAUGGAGCGGAACAACCUCGGUGGCUCAAAGAAGUGGUGUUAGCACACAAGGAGAUCAACGGUAGCAUCCCACAACUGACGGCAGCACUCACUGUGGCAGCAACGGAAAAUUCAUCAUUCACCAAGGCCUUGUUAACAGCAGUUAUGACUGAGUAUUCUAAGCCUCCCUCAAACAUACUGAAAGAACUUUCAUCGCUCAUCAUGGAAAUUUUGAGUGUGAGUGAUUCUCUGCAGCCGAGCCGCACCACUGCUAUCUUGGAAGGGUUUGUGAAUGGAGGGUCUGAGAAUGUAAUGGGCCUCUUAGACAUGGUUGGUGUAAACAAGGAUUGUGACAGCAGACGAGCAUACCAGUGCAUCAAACUUGUGGUGGCACUGUCAGCCAGGUGUCCAGUCGCUCGAGACCAUCUAACUAGGACACAGGCUCGGUGGCAGUGGUCUGUGGAGUGGCUCAGAGAGAAGAUGGAUGACCACUCUGCCACUCUCUCAGCAGCCAUGGGUCUCAGUAAUGAAGAUUCAAACACAAAGAACUUCCAGCGCACAACAAGUGCUCAGUUAACACUGGAGGAGGCUACUGCUCUUCUUAGUGAGAUGGAGUCGUCAGAGAUGGAGAUUGACUGUGAGACCUCCGAGCUGGGAGACAUAAAGGAGAGUGUGUCAGAGCAUGAAAACUCCCCAUCACAGGAUCUGGACAACAUUGACCCUUGAUCCGCACCACAGAAGAAGAGUCCCUGGAUACAGUUUCCUUCAUUACUGUCUUCCAAGACAAAACAGUGUCCCAAAACUUCCAGAUUUUUAGACUCAGAAAAUGAAGAGGAUGCCUACGAAUACUAGAGUUUUAAUUGUGAAAAAUAAAAAAAAUAAUUCUUUGUUGUCAGGUGUUGCUUGAUUUAUGAACAAGAAAUUCUCUCUAGGUAAAUCAGUGACUCUACAUCUAUUUAUUCUUAAUUUGUAUAUUGAUGAAUUUGUUGUAAUUUUAAAAAAAAGUAUUUUUAUCAGUAAUUGAUGAGAGGGUUUUGAUUUUUUUCUUUUAGAGAUCCACUGCUACAAGCCCUUGAACAUCAGUAGUUUCAGUCUGCAAUCUGGUUGUUCAAAACAACCAUUGUUGAUACCAUAAGUGCCAUAAUUUGUUUGAUUAGAAUAUGGUUAAGUGCACCACAUUGUCAUACUAAGUUUGCAGUUCAUGGAGAUGUUAACUUGAGGCAGGGUCUACUACUUUUAUUAUGUUCUCUUGUGAAUUCUCGCCCAUUUACUUGGAGGUAAGAGACAAAGGAUUUCUCCUUAGUAAAAAUUUCUUUUUAUUUUAAAAGAUUUAUUACAGAUAGUAAUACAACUUUGUAGAGUAAAUCUUCAGUACAGUUAUUGAAGAUUUUCAUUGUACAGAUAUAAAUUUUUUACUCCAGGCAGUCCCCACUUUACAAGUCUGUUGGUCGUAAUAAAGUUAUAAACGAAC